CCCUUCGAGUGUCUUCUCGCAGCGAAUCCCAUCGCCCAACACAAGCCCCGACUUACAGCGCACCUUCCCCCGCAUUGGCAGGGGUAAGCAACACCAACCAUGCCACACCGAGUUGUCGAUUUCCUGAGGUCGUCGGCCAACACGCUUGAGUUCCAGGUCUCGACCUUUACAAAAUCCGGCAAGACUUCCCGAAGGCGCGAGAGUCCGACGGGCGCUGCUCGCGUUGGUCACGGAAUCACAGAACGAGUUGCGUUCGCCUCGAGCGAAGAAGAAGACAGCAGCAACACGACGCCACCACGAUCCAUGUCUCCUCUGCUAAGGUCCAGCGAUUCUUCGGAUAGCGCACACACCACCAGCACAGCGUCUAGCACUAACACGAGCAAAGAGGUCGUUAGCGCCAAGGACCACCACCACCACCACCACCACCACCAUCACCACAAAGAAAAGGACCAUCACCACCACAGGAUAUCCUUCCCGGGCAUGCACUUCGGCCGUUCCAACAAAGAUGUGCACGCCAACACGCCCGCCUCUCUCGACUGGAAGCUCGAGUCACCUCCAAUCGUGCUCUACAAUGACCCAGAAUCAUCCACGGGCGCGCUCGUCUCCGGCCAAAUCUUUCUCAACAUCAAGGACGACCACGACCUGCUAGACGUCGAGUCCAUCAAUGCCACACUGCAGAUCCACGUCACACAAAAACGACCUUUCACUCACCACUGCCACGAUUGCACCCACCAGUACACCGAGCUCAAGAAAUGGCAGUUCCUCGACCACCCUCUCGUCCUUGCCAAGGGGCAGCACUCCUUCCCCUUCUCUGUUUUGCUUGACGGUCACCUACCAGCCAGCAUGGACGGCCCUCUGACCUCCAUCGCCUACGAGUUCAAGGCCGAGGCCCUGACCAAGGCUAACGGCACUUUGCAGCCAGUCAUCAAGCUUGAAAAGGUCCUCGACGUCAAGCGAUCCCUCGCCACCUCUGAAGUGCCUCACCACAGCAUCCGCGUCUUCCCUCCCACCAACAUCAAGGCCAACGUGCACUACCCCCACCACAUCCACCCCACGGGCACCAACACGCUGCAGAUCCGCCUGGACGGGAUCGCUAGGCUCAACCCCAAGGUCGGCACGAUGGAGUACUGGAAGCUCAAAAAGUUGACGUGGAGGCUCGAGGAGAUCUCCAAGUCCCUGGCGCCAGCAUGCGAGAAGCACGCCCCCAAGCUUCCUGUCCCGCCCACCCCGGCAGAGGGUAGUGAUGGCCAGCCUCAGCAACCAAAGGGCCUGCCGAGAACCGAAACCCGCAUCAUCGGCGAGAAGACCAUUUUCUCUGGUUGGAAAUCAUCCUACUCUUCGGCUACCGAUUCGCACAUUGAGCUCGAACUCGACUACUUCAUCUCCAAAUCCCAUGCCUCCCCCGCAGUCUGCGACACGCGAUGGACCGCGCCCGGCACGUCCACGUCGCACGAGGUGUCACACCAGCUAAUGGUCGAGAUGGUGGUCAGCCAGGAGUGGGCGCCGGUGGGUAAGCCCAACUUGGUUACGCAUACCGGCGUAGGUAGGAUUCUCAGGAUGCACUUCUCUUCUAUCCUUACGGAGCGCGGAGGCAUUGGUAUCUCGUGGGAUAACGAGGCGCCGCCCAUUUACCAGGACGUGCCCGAAAGUCCGCCAGCCUACUCUGAGCUGAUGAUGGCUGGUGAGUCGAUGGACGGGGUGAUGGAGAGUGACACGCUUAUGUUGCCUAGCGGGCUGGGCAGUGCAGCUGGAAGUGGAAGGUCGAGCGCCGUGUCUAGCAGGAGGGGAUCGGCUGAGAUGCAGAGGAGGUGAAGAGCCCUGAUGCAAAAGCCUUUUGGCCGCUGGUUGGGUAAUCACCGAAAGGGCAAGGGUAAGUUCAGGGUGCAGAUUGAAGUGAGGGUUGAGGUGGGGUUUGAUUGGUUUUUGGGCUGUUGGUUCACGACUUUUGCGAGUCUGAACUGUGGGCGGGUGCCCGCUUCGGCCUCGAGCGAUUCUCUCGCAUGACCUUGUUCUUCUUCAUUUUUUUUUCCUUUUCUUUUGUUUAUACGUGGUUUCAACAUUAUACCCCCCCCUUGCACAGGCACCGGUUAGAGAAGGUUGCGGAGGUGACAUUACGCACUCACCGGGUUGGCAACUGGCAGGAAGUUUUGGUUUAGCAUGUUUUAUUUACUUCUUGUCUUUUCUUUUUCUUCUUUUGGGUAUCAGACGAGGGAGGAUGUGAAGAAAAUUUGGGGCCUGGAUCGGAAGUCAAAAAGUUCUUUUGGGGUUUAACUUUUGUGUGUAGUAUUCAUUAUCAGCAUUGCUGUCUUCAACACAGCGGCAUAUUUACUGGCGUUUAGAGGGGGGAUCAAAAUGAAUUGAAUGGGCUGCCCGCGAGUGGCUAUGAGGAGCAUUGGAGUAGCUUUGAUACAAAGCAUGAAGCAUAUGAAACCAUGUACUACUAUAGAGUGUCAACAUAAAGUGAACAAAUGUAAACUCUAUUACAGC